AUGCCGCCCAAGCGAGGCAGAGCGCAGGCGGCGGGCUCCAGCCAGGCAGCAUCCGCAUCACAGCGACAGACUCGCUCAUCAGUCACUCCACAGCCAGAGACCGCACGCCAAACACGAGGCGGCGGUCGCAAGCGCCGACGAAGUGAUGCCUCCGAACAGUCAGAGCAGAGCUUGCAGUCUGCGGCUACUGCCACGCCGGGAAAGAGACGUAGAAAGACCAAGACAAGCACCGAUGCCGACAAGGAGCACGACCAGCUCCAUGACCUGCCCGAUGCUAUUCCCGAGGAAGUAGAGGUCGAGGCCGAGGAGACUGUACAGACUGCGGCCGGCGCCGAGCUCAUCGAGACGAUCGAGGAACAUCACACUUCGCGGCACGUACGCUUCGGUGACGGCGACGACACCCACGAGGAGUCCAUCAUCACUCUCCACUCGGACGAUCGAGGCACUGCUACGCAGAUGACUCCCUACCCGAACAAGAAGACCGAGAAGAUGACCGUCAAACGCCGUCGAACAGGCUCGCCAGCUCCCAAUGGCCACAGCCACUCUCAGCAGGACAAGCGCUCUUCUGCCAUCCAUGUCCGGCACUCGCUACCGCCCAGCUUGUCGCAAGAGGAAGAACACCGCAUUCAGGCACAAUACAACCUCGCUCCGCUCAAUGAAGUUCUCAGAGAGCGCGUCGCUCGUCUUCGCAAACUCGAGGACCUGCGUACCAAGCUGCGGGGACGUCAGAACAACGGCGAUGAGACUCAAGCAGGCGAGAUCCAGGCGCAAAUCGAUGUGCUCGAGCAGGAGGACCAAGAUGCCCGAGAUCACGAUAACGAUAUGGAUGGCGAUGACAUGCUUGUGCUGCGAAGUCAAGAGGAAGUCUCCUACCCAAAACUGCCCCGCGAUUCGACCAUCUUCGACUUUUCACAGUCAGUCACCGAUGACAGCAAGCCUGCACGGGAGAGUAUAACCGAGGAGUUGUUGCUCAGACAGUCUCAAACCAGGUCCACUGCAGCGAGCUGGCAGGAAGAACGUGCUCGCUUCCACGACCACAUAGAGGCGUUAAGCAGAGAGGCUAUCGACGCCAAGGCAAAACUCGACAUCCUUCGGAUCGAGAUUGAAGGCCUCGGUAUUGGUGACGAUGGAGCUGACUCGAUCGCCAUAUUGAGCACCAUAAGGGAGACUUUUCUACGCACACGCGAGCGGCUGGAGAGGAUCUUGCCGGAUAGUAUCCCGGAGAACGCUUCCAACGAGGAUAUCCUUGAGAUCCUGAUCGCCAAUGUCUCCGAAUUUGCAGACCGACUGCGAGAACAAGACGAAGAAAUCUACGAGCAGAACACGCUGACUGCGAGCCUCAGGAAGCAAGUCAACGGCCUGCUCGACCGUCUUGCUGAGGCAGAGCUGAGGAAGCAAGAACUACAUGAGCGCUUCAGCGAGCUUGAUCAGACAAAUGACGCCAAGGAGCGUGAGAUUGAGGAUCUUGAAGAAGAGAAGAGAGAAGUGGAACAGCAAUGUGAUUCGCUACAGGACGAAGUCGAUUCCAAGAAGCAAGAACUCAGUGCCGCUCAGAGCGAGAACGUUGAGUUCGCUGCCACCAUCACUUGCUUGAACGCUUCGUUGCUCGAGUAUCAGGGCGAAGAGAAGCGUUUGCUGACGUUGAUCACGACCAUGGAGGAGGAGCAUCGCACCACCAUCGCGCGAAUGAAUCAGGAGCGUGAAGAGACAGUCCGUGACCUUGAGGACCGUCUUGACGAGCAGACAAAGCUGCGCACUGAGGCUGAGCUUCUGGGCGACGAGCGACAAGCGAUGAUUACAAGCUUGGAACUGCGCAUCGAGACCAUCGAGACGGAGCGUGACACUCUUCGCGAACAGCUGACAGACGUCACUGCUCAGCGCGAUGAAGAACAGAAUGCGCGCGACGCUGCAGAGGCCGAUCUUCAGCAGAGGGGUAUCGAGGUAGAGGAACUUGAGAGCCGGGUGGAGCGUCUCGAGCUGCAGCUCACCGAGUUGACUACAGAGCUUGAUGAACUUCGACAAGCCAACGAGUCCGAGCGCACGCAACGCGAGGCGGCCGAGAACGACCUCGAUGACCGUAAUGUCGAGAUCGAAGAGCUCAACGAGAAGCUGCGCGAGCAAGGAAAGCAAGCCAAUGAGCUUCGACAGAAACUUUUCGAGAUCCAGCAGACCAACCAGGCAAAGAUCCGAGAGCUUGAGCAGGCUGCUUCGGAGCGCGAUGAGCAGUACCAGACCGAUAUCGCCGAUGAGGUUCAACGACGGGAGUUGCAGGAAGAACUGGUGCAGGAGCGCGCCGCCACCAUCCUUGACCUCGAAGCACGCAUCGAAGAGGUCGAGAAUGAGAUGCGGGAUCUGUUGGCUGAGCGGGAUGAACGCAUUGAGGCUCUCGAUGCGGAGGUCAUCGAGAAGGACAGCGAGAUCGAAACAUUGCGCACCGAUUUAAAGGCUGCUGAGGACCUGUAUGAGACCGAGGUCGCACAGCGUCAACAAGAACGCGAGGAAGGACAAGCCAGCAUCGCUGCACUACAACUCACCAUCUCGGAGCAUGAAUUGCAAAUCACGCAUCUACGCGAUGAGGCCACAGUCACUUCUGAUCUGCACAACUCCGAGAUCGACGAUAGAAACGCUCGAAUCGCUGAGCUGAAUCACGAAGUUGCAGAGAGGCAGGCAUACCUCAACGAUCUCGAAAAGGAGAAGCUCAGCCUGGAGCGUCGCGUCGAACAGGAAGCGACUGCAAUGCUCCAGCUUGAUGCUGAACGAGGUGCAGAGAUUGAUCACCUCAAGUCCAUCAUAAACGAGAAGCAAGAAAAGAUCCUCAACGUCGAGGACAAAGCUCACAAGGCUGACGCAGCAUGGGCUGAGCUGGUGGAGGCUCGUGAACAGGAGAUUCGCGAGCUCAAGAGUACUGGCACAGAACAGACUGAGACCAUCACCACGCUUGAGGCUGAGAUGGCAGAUUUCCGGACUAUCAUGACUACGUACAUUGAGGAGACCAACGCCGAGAUGCAAGGCCUUCGCGAUGAGAUCGGUGCCCUUAAUGCCCAUGCCGGCAAGACCACGGACAGACGCCAAACGGCAGGCGAGGAGCUCCUCGGCAGGCUUGAGACAAUGAGCGCCUUGAGGAUGACUGCGACUACAACCACCACUACCAAGACUGCACACGCUGAGCAGCGAUCGCUUCGCAAGACGCGUGGUCGCAGCUUCAAGGACAGUGCCAUCGGUGCCGAGUUGGAGGAGAAUAUGAGUUCUUCUUAG